AUGGCAACAGACGCUAAAAGAAACAAAUUCCUGUAUCUGGAGAGAGAACGCCUGACCCGCUACCAACACCAGCACCGAGGUCUCAGCUUUCUGAAAUUGUGGUUGCCGCCGAUAACAGACCGUGAUGUGAACAUCAUCGGUCUCAACAAUCAUAUUUAUAAAGGUAAAAUUCCUACCGCACCGCUAGAUAAAUUACCUCCAGAAGUGGAUCCCAAGUCCAUUGACGAAGAACAACUCUACAAAGAAAUUCGAGACAUGCGGUUCCCUGUAGCUCCACCUUUAGAACCUUUGGGUCCAACUCGUCGUGUUGGUGGGGUGUACACAACAGCUAAAAGAAUGGCAUUCGCACCUGUGCAGAUAAGCUUAGCCGAUGACAAAACGCAAAUGCCACUUUUAGGAAAAGAUGGCAAAAUAUACCAGGGCAGAACUAAAAGAGCUCCUACGCAUGAGCUGGACCAGAGAUUGAAAGGCACAAAGAGACCAGUGAAGACCCCGGCACAAUAUGAAUCCGAUCGAGGGACGGUAAAGCCAACUGUUGUGUCCCUUUAUGUAGACGGCAAACCACCAUCCGAGAGGAAACCUCAUGUGCCUAUCAUUCAAAUGCCUUGUGCUGACCUGAAUAAACUGAUCAAGUCGAUGGGAAUCAAAUCUCCUGAACAAGAAAAAGAUGCCACAAAAACGGAACAAACAGAAAAGCAGUCAGCAGAAGAGGCGGAACAAGAAGCAGGUUCAAAAUCUACAGAAGCUGAGGAAUCUGAGGGUGAAUCCUCUGGAGAAUUCGCAUCAUUCGAAUCUAUUGGGGAAACUGGUGAAGCUUCAGAAAUAGAAGAAACUAGUACAACUACAGGAACAGAAGCCUCUUCAGAAAUGACUAUAGAAGAAACUAGUACCACCACAGGAACAGAGGCCUCAUCAGAAAUUACAGAACCAGUUUCGGAAGGAGAGGAAAUAGAAGAGGCUGAUAUUCCAGAGCCUGAACCAGAAGAAGAAGAGUCUGAUAUUCCAGAGCCUGAACCAGAAGAAGAAGAGGCUGAUAUUCCAGAGCCUGAACCAGAAGAAGAAGAGGCUGAUAUUCCAGAGCCUGAACCAGAAGAAGAGGCUGAUAUUCCAGAGCCUGAACCAGAAGAAGAAGAGGCUGAUAUUCCAGAGCCUGAACCAGAAGAAGAGGAACCUGAAGAUUUAGAGUUGGAACCAGAAGAAAUGUAG